GUAACAAAGCUUCCAAAUUUCAGCGUUGAAAUCUUCUCCUCUAUCAAACCCAUAAUUUUUUGUUAUGGAUUUCCCCCAGAAAUCAGAUAGAAAGCACCCAUUUUUUUUAAUAAAUGUUAGAAGUUUUUUCAAACCUCCCUUAUCAGAUCAGUAAAUUCAGCGUGACGCAGCUAUAAAUUCAACCUUCCUCCUACUCCUAGACUGUGAUCUAGAUUAGAUUGUAUUUCUUAUCAUCAUUUCUCUAAUCCCAACAGCCAUGUCUAUCUUGAGCAAGAACAGUAGCAGUGCCGUGGGUGGUACUCCUUUCUUCCAUGAAUUCAAGAAACAAGCUUCGUUCUUCUUCAAGGAGAAGAUCAAAACCGCCCGAUUAGCUUUAACCGAUGUCACACCUGCACAGCUAUUGACUGAAGAGGCUACAAAUGGGAAUUCAUGGGCACCGGACGCCAGGACUCUGGGUUCGAUUUCAAGGGCUGCUUUUGAAUUAGAUGAUUACUUGAGAAUUGUGGAAAUCUUACAUAAGAGAUUGUCAAAAUUUGAUAGAAAGAAUUGGAGGGUAUCUUAUAAUUCUGUGUUGGUUCUUGAGCACUUAUUGACUCAUGGACCAGAGAGCGCAGCAGAGGAGUUUCAGGCUGACAGAGUUGUCAUCGUAGAGAUGCAAAGCUUUCAAUACAUAGAUGAGAAAGGAUUCAACUGGGGGCUUACUGUUAGGAAGAAAUCGGAGAGAAUUUUGAAACUGUUGGAGAAAGGACCUGUUUUGAAGGAAGAGAGGGACAGAGCUCGGAAGCUAACUAGAGGGAUUAAAGGUUUUGGGAGUUUCUUACAAAGGUCUUCUUCAACAAAAGGGAUUUUGCAUGAUUCAUCCUCACUCUAUGGAAGAUGCAAUUCCCAGCAUGAAAAUCAGGAAAAUCAGCUUUCUGAACCUGUAGAUGGAGGAAGCUUGAUCCAGAAAUUAGGAAAUUCACAGAAAAGAAACGAGGAUGCAGCCCUCAAGUCUGAGAACAAACUGGAGAAUUUGGAGUCGAGCAGUUUUGGUGAUGAACAGAAAGUUCAGGUCCCGGAAUUCCAAAAGAGUUGCAAUGAAAAUGUGGCGCCUGACAGAGAAGAAGUGCAUGAAUGGACUGCAACCAGGGAGUCUAACCCUCUAUUAGUGGGCAUGAAUGAAGGAAUCCGGACAGGGUUCUUGAUGGAAAAUGAUCAUCCCUUCUUCAACAACAGUGAGAAUCAUAUGGCUGCUUCUCUGCUGUCUGCAUGAAAUGGCAUUUUGCUAUGAUGUUAAGAUAUUCAUGAGAAGAUCUUAUCCUACUACUUCUUGUAGUCAGCUAAGCAUCUAAGUGCUUUGUUGUUUAUUUCUCAACUUGUGAUGUGGGUUUAAGUUUAGCUUAUAAAGAAACUCAAAUUCAUGUUCUUGUAACUGGCCAAAAUUCCACUACAUCUUUAUUGAUGAUUUAAUACAGGUCAUGACUUUUCUGCCCUGGCAUAAUAUUAUUAUGCUCAGUGUUUUUGCGUGGUACAGGUUGGAUAGAAAACUAACACAUACUAAAAGAUACUUGAUCAGUGGAAACUUUCACAGUUGUGUAACCUACGCUGGUAAGGCAAAGCCAGGGAUGACUCUGUAUUGAUGAAUAAUACAAGCCACAUAUAUAUAUACAGAAUAAGAAAUGAUGGAGUUCAAGAUCUGCAAAGCCAGUCUUGAAUUGCAAAGCGCAGUGCGUGGUUUGGGGUAAGAUUCAGGUGAGGCAAUUUCAAAUUAGUCAUUGGUGAAGUUUCACGGCCAUUCUCAAACCAGCCGCGCAAGGCUUCUCCUUCAUAUGUGAAUCCAUCUGCCGCCACUUGAGGGUCAUGCAUUAUUUCCUGGAU